GAGACCGGAGGAGGACGGGAGGCUGCCAGGUCGCUGGAGGAGAGAGAGAGAGAAAAAAGAAAUAUUAGCUCUCCAGAAAUACCGAAAGACGACUAAGUUUUUUUUGUUCAGAAUGCGUCCGUAAUUCGCCGUCUUAUCGCCGAGCUUCUGAUUUUUAAAAAAAGAAGAAAGAGAAAAAGCUUCGCUGUUUUGCUUUAUUCCUGGAGAGCUUAAUUCACCUCGUUUCCAACAUGAUCGGGAGCGGACUGCUUCUUCUCACUAUUUUGUCCAACUGCGUUCUGUCGUUGCCAGUGACUUCAAGUCAGCUGGAGAAUGAGGACGUGGAGGUGAUGAAAUGUAUCGUCGAGGCGCUCGCUGAUGUUCUUUCAAGACCGGAGCAAGUUCCUGUCAGUCAGGAAUGUCUAAACACUCUCAAGACCAACGAGAAGCUCCUCACCAUCCUCCGGCACCAUAACUUCCUGAAGGAGCUGCAGGAGAUCGCUGCUCAAGGUGAUCACGAGAGAGGUCAGCUGCAGAAAUACAAGGAGAAACCAACUCCAGCCACACAAGUCCUUCAAACUACAGCUGAUGGUGGAGAUCGAUCCAUGUUGGAAGCUCUGGGAGGACCCGGCGAGCGAUCCAUCCUGUCCCAGAAGAAGAGGUCAGGAGAACAGAAGGAUGGGACCGAGGAAGAGUCACCUGAGGAUGUAAAGAAGGACGAAGACGAGGCCAAACGUGACGAGGACCGAACCAGCUCGGAGGAGAAUUCAGAAGAGGACGACGAGAGAGGUGAUCGGUCCAAUAAAAGAGAGGAUCCAAAAAAAAAGGCGGCGGGGGCAGAAACCGAGGAGAGGAGCGAUGAAAGAUCCGUGCUCUUCUCGCAAAAACACGACGACAAGGAAGAGACGGAGGAGCAGACGGCGGUAAAAAGAGGGAGCAGGGAAAGCCUACGUCACUUAACCCAGAGGGCCCGGAGCUGGCAGCAGAAGAAGAAAGCAGGAGGAGAGGAAGAGCCUCGGUCGGGCAGCCGGCAGGAAGUGUCUCACCAUUCGAGGGAGGAAGCAGAGGAAGGGAAGCAGAAGAAGAAAAGAGAUCCAGAAAGAACUCCAGAGGAGAGGGAGCUGCAGAUGAUAGCGCGGAGAUCGCCGGAGGAGAGGAAGGUGAUGGAGGAGGAAGGGAGUGGCACCAGGAGGUCAGAGGAGCCUGAGAUUGAGAGUCUGGCAGCCAUCGAGUCGGAGCUGGAAAACGUGGCCCAGAAACUCCACGAGCUGCGGCGGGGCUGAGCGGGAGAGCGGCACAAAACCCGACACCGCGGCCUGCCUGCCUCCUCGUCCUUCUGCGCUUCGCCAGACGCCUGGUUUCCAUAGAUAGAUCGUGCAAAUGUGUGACAAGGUUUUAUCUCUUCCUUUCUUUACUCCAGGAUGCUGCUCUGCUUCUCUAGUUUUUUUUUUGUUGUUUUUUUUUUUAACAUGGUUUCUCUCACGUAAAGUAGCACACAGUAGAUUGGAGCUAGAUUUGCAUUGAAACGCAUUCCCACAUCGCAAAGACAAAUUCCUCAAGAUAUGUUAAUGUUAUGGAUGGAUGGAGGGAUGGAUGGCAGUUGUCUGCUCAUUCUGCACAUGCGUUUCGUCUGCUUGUCAGAUUACAAAUGAUUGAUGCGAAAGCCUGGGACUUAUCCGGGCAGGAUAAGGCUGAGAUCGUACACAAUAUGGCUUUGUGUGGGGAUAUAAAUCUCUCUCUGGGAUGGUAAUUUGCUUUGAAAGGGGGGG